AUGACCUCGAUGACUUCAACAGGCCCCAUGGCCAAUUCUGUGUUUGUGACAGCACCUCACAACCGGUAUCCUGCGACCUUGGGAGGCAUGACUCAGGUGCCCGUAUAUCCAUUCAACCAGACUCAAGCCCACCCAGUUCCUGGGAAUGCACAUGGUUUGGAGCUGCCUACGUAUAUGCAACCUGCCCAGAGAACCUUGAGAGAGGGCAAAGUUUUAGGGUUCAUCAUUACAGGAUCCCUCACAGUGUCAUCAGAAGUGCAGCCAAAUUCUUCUUGCCUGCUGAAAGGAAGCUUGGGCUUGAACAUCAUCAGUGCGAUCUAUUCCUUGGUUGGAAUUGCCCUCUUCAUCACAGAUAUGAGUGUCAACUCCACACGAUUCUACCCCCCCCACUACUAUCCUUACUAUGGUGUGGCCACUGGAAUAGGUACUUCUGCUGUGCUGUUCAUCUUUAGCCUCCUGGAGUUCAGCAUUGCCUGCACGUGUGCCCACUUUGGCUGCCAACUGGUUCAACAUUCACAAAACAAUGGGACCGUGGUCAUGCCCCCAACCAUCUAUGUAACAAACCCAAUGGUCAUCCCAGAACCAGGGAACUCGCGACCGCCAUACUCCAGGGAGUUCCAGGGCUCCCAUUAA